UUCCCUGAUUUCAGCGCUGGCGUUGUUCAUAAACGUCGGCAGUUUGAUGACGUCAAGAAAAAGCUCCGCGAGCUGAAGUUUGAAUAUUCUCUUCUAUAUCCUGCCAUACUGAGGAUCAGCAAAGUAGUCCUGUUCAAACGUCCUGGAGAUGCGGAGUCUUUCCUUUGGGAUCUUGAGGCUCACUCCCAGAAUGACUGAUUUCAAUCGUCUCAUUGAACUUGAGUCAUGUCGUCCUCCAGUAGUGCACUAAAUGAGGAGCUAAAGUGUUCAAUCUGUCUGGAUGUGUUCACUAAUCCAGUCAGCACUCCAUGUGGACACAACUUCUGCCAAACCUGCCUGAAUGAAUGCUGGAAAAACACUCAGAAGUGCAGCUGUCCAAUCUGUAAAGAAACAUUCAGUAAAAGACCUGAUCUGAAGAUUAAUACAACACUCAGAGAGGUCGUGCAACACUUUGAGAAGAAGUUUAAUCUGGGAGACCACAAGACUCACAACACUGUUCCUAUAGAGGACGAGACUGCAAAGAAGAAUCAGCUGGUAAAGACACAGACAGACGUGCAGCAGAUGAUCCAGAACAGAAUGAAGAAGAUUCAAGACAUCCAACGAUCUGUAGAGAUGAGAAAGAGAAACACAGAAGAAGAGAAAUCACACAGUGUUGAGGAGUUCACUGAUCUGAUCCGCUCCAUUGAGAGAUGUCAGACUGAAGUUGUUGAGAUGUUGGAGGAGAAGCAGAAAGCAGCAGAGAAACAGGCUGAAGAUCUCAUUAAAGAGCUGGAGCAGGAGAUCACUGAGCUAAAGAGGAGAAACUGUGAGCUGGAGCAGAUCUCACACACUGAAGAUCAUCUUCAUCUCCUACAGAUUGACCCGUCCCUGUACAGCCCUAAAAACAGUAAGAACUGGACUGAGAUCAGUAUUGACACUCAUGUGGACACUCUGAAUACAGCUCUGACUCGACUCAAAGACACUCUAGAUCAAAGACUUGGUCAAGCUGUAUUGAGGAGGAUGCAGCAGUAUGCAGUGGAUGUGACUCUGGAUCCUGAUACAGCUCAUCCUAAACUCAUCCUGUCUGAUGAUGGAAAACAAGUGACAUGUGGAGACAUAAGAAAAAAGCUCCCAGAUAAACCAGAGAGAUUUGAUCACUGUGUAAAUGUCCUGGGAAAGAAGGGAUUCAGUUCAGGCAGAUUUUAUUUUGAGGUGCAGGUGAAGGGAAAGACUGAGUGGGAUUUAGGAGUGGCCAGAGAAUCCAUUAACAGGAAGGGACAGAUCACAGUGACUCCAGUGAAUGGAUUCUGGACUGUGGGUUUGAGGAAUGAGAAUGAAUAUAAAGCCCGUGCUGGUCCUCGUGUCUCUCUGUGUGUGAGAAUGAAGCCACAGAAGGUUGGUGUGUUUGUGGAUUAUGAGGAGGGUCUGGUCUCCUUUUAUGAUGUGGAGUCCAGCUCUCAUAUCUACUCUUUCACUGGUCAGUCUUUCACUCAAACACUCUUUCCAUUCUUCGGCCCAAGUCUUAAUUAUAAUGGUAAAAACUCAACUCCACUGAUCAUCACAGCUGUCAGUUACAAUUAAUGAAUUUACACCCCAUUAAUAUAAAUAAACAACAUGAACAUUAGAUUUGUACAUUUCUUAAAAGAAAAUAUGAGGUAUGGUUGCUAGGGAGAUCGGUGUACUUUAUUUUGAGCACAAUAUCACUGACUCUGUGCACUUGAGCCGGGAAACAUGAGAACAAACUUCUCCAUCAAUGAAACUGUCUCCAGCUUUUCCACAUCACUGAGAGAAAAUAAACUUCUCACACACUAAAAACAGUGUUUAUCAUAUAAAACAGAGCAUCACGUAGAUUUAUGGGGGUUUUUGUGACAGAUUUUAAGUCUAUGAAAACAGCUCACCUCAGAAUGAAACAGUAUAAAAAUAAAAUUGAUCAUCUUAAGCAAAAACAAUCUUUCUGACUCUCUGCAUUUCUUAUUCCUCUAUAU